AUGAAUCCCAACCACAUGCCGUACGGGCAGCCCAUGCCCAUGCAGCAGCCCCAGCGACGGCACGAUGGCUCCUACGCCCCUUUGCCUCCACACACGCACAUGAGGCCUCAUCCUGGCUAUCAGCCAUAUUAUGCUCAGCACAUGGGGCCUAUGAUGCCUCAGUACCCUCAGCAAUAUGCGCCCAACUGGUACCCGUAUCAGCAGCAGCAACAGCACAUGCAUCCUAUGCAUCAACCAAGACCUCAUUACUACCCUCAGCCACCUAUGCCACCCCCUCACUACCCUCCCAUGCCGGUUGCGUCGCAACCAAUGCAUCCCCAGGCGUCCCCUCGUCCAGCUCAGACUCCAAUUGGCGCAGCCUCGUUUCCUCCACCGAGCUCAGCAUCGACUACAUCAGCGGCUCCUGUCCAAACACCCCCAUCGCCUCCGCUAAGUACAUCUACUGUCAGCACGCGCAAGGAUAUGCUCUCACAGUCAGCUUCCCCCGCACCCCAACGCGUGCAGAGCCCAUCCACCGAAUCGAUCCCAGAAUCAGAACGCUUCUUCCCACCUACUCCGUGGUUGUCAUGCGAGGGCGAAGCCUUUCCACCUAGAGCUCCUCGGCAGCGGCGGCGCAUUGCACGGUCGCAGCUCGCCAGUGAGCCUGUUGUAUAUCCCUGGGUAGAGCCAGCACCCGAAAUGCCUGCGGAGCCAUCGGUCGAACAAACCACCCCCAAGGCAGAAAAUGAACGAGAGAAACAAACAGGAGAACGAGUCUCCGAACGCAUCCCACCUAGCACGCCAACCCCACUGCCUUCAGAUGCACCAUCAGAAGAUUUGUCAACGCAGCCCACAACGCCGGCUUCUUCUGCCCCGGCUGCUUCGUCGAAGUCUCAACAGACCCCUACACAGCCCAAGACUCGACCUGCAGGACAAGUGGUGCCAGUGCUGCCCGCUCUGCCGCAGAGUCCAACUGCAGCAAAGAGAGCACACCGUGAUUCUGUCAUUUCGUCGCAAUCGAAGACUUCGGAAGAUGCCACGAUUGCUCAGACUGAGGAUCAAUCUGGAUCAGCCAUCUCAGGGAACGUCCAGGACCCCGCUAAAGCUGACGAGAACGCGACUCCGGCACCUGCUCCGCCGAAGCCCAAGCCGUCUUCUUGGGCAAGCCUCCUUCGUCCUGCCCAAUCACAAAAUGCCGUCAACGCCAACGUUGAUACUGCAUCGGAUGUGAACGGCGGCAUCGCCUUGCGUGGCGAGGCUCUUUCAGACGUCCUCCAUGAUGUGAGCGCUACGCUGGACGCUCCCAGCAAAAUUUCAUUUCUUCAACCUCGUGGCCUGGUCAACACUGGCAACAUGUGCUACAUGAACUCAGUGUUGCAAGUGCUCGUCUUUUCAAUACCAUUUUACGAUUUGAUUUCCAAGAUUGCGCGUCGAUCUGCGCAUACGUUCAAAAGCGAUACCCCCUUAAUUGAUGCCAUAAUUAUGUUUCUGCAAGAGUACAAUGUACUCGACUCGGCGGCUUCGGCCGAGCAGCUUCGGCUACGACUCAAACCAGAGGAUUACGAAAAGUAUGGGGAUUCUUUUGCGCCAGAGUAUGUAUAUGCAGCGAUCAAGCAGUUGCCUCGCUUCCGAGAGAUGCGUCGGGGCCAUCAGCAGGAUGCUCAGGAGUUCCUUGGCUUUCUCCUUGAAGAACUCCACGAGGAGUGCUCCAGAAGCAUGAGGUCAGGCUCGACGAGCAGCGGACGCAGCACACCGCUUGGCAGUGUUGGCGGAGGGCCAGACCAUGUGACAGAUAUUGAAAGCGGGUGGAUGGAGGUCGGCCACAAGCAGAAGCCAUCCGUGACGCGGUCAUCAGGCGCAGUGGCCAAUGAGUCACCCAUCAACAGCAUUUUUGGAGGGAAGCUGCGAUCCGAGCUCAAGGUGGCGGGGAACAAAUUGUCUGUGACACUAGAGCCAUAUUCACCGCUGCAGUUGGAUAUUGGCAGUCCCGAGGUCAGCAAUAUCAUCGACGCGCUCAAAGGAUUGACGCGGCCGGAAAGCAUGCAAGGAGAUUUCCACACGGCGCGGGGACAGAAGACGACAGCUACCAAGCAGGUUUUCAUCGAGACUCUGCCGCCGGUGUUGAUUUUGCAUCUGAAGCGGUUCCAGUAUGACAGCACGACGAAGCGGGCAGAGAAGAUCUGGAAAAAGGUGGGAUACCCACUAGAGUUGGAGAUCCCCAAGGAGGUGUUCCCAACGUCAGCACGCAACAAGCUUGCAGUUCACGGCGGGCUGCCACGAUAUCGACUAACAGGUGUCAUCUACCACCAUGGCAAGAAUGCUAACGGGGGACACUAUACGGUGGACAUUCGUCGACAAGACGGCAAGGAAUGGGUCAGGCUGGACGAUACGCUGAUUCGACGGGUCCGCAGCGAGGACGUUGCAGAGGGGGGCAGUGAGGAAGACCCCAAGGUGCUGGCAGCAGCUUUGGAACGGCACAAACAAGGUGCGGGGAGCAGCAACCGGUUCGAGCAGAUUGAGCAGGAAGAAGAGGAUGGAGAGCCUGACAACAAAGCAUGGAGUCAAGUGAACGGGCACUCGCGAAACAAGUCCACCAUGAGUGUGAUGGUCAAUGGAUCCGCGACUCCAGCCAAGAGCUCGGGUCCCCAGACGCCACGCGAAAAGUACUCGGUCAAGGACAACAAGGUGGCAUACCUCUUGUUCUACCAGCGCAUUUCGGCAGCCGGCUAG